UUAUCUUCCCCUGGAUCUUUGUCUGCUUUUUAUGACUUGUUGUUAAACAGCGACGGGGAUGUUUGUGUCUUUGUGGUCAGAACACGACACACUCGACCUUGAGAGGUCACUGGUUUCUGCAGUUCACCCACCGACAGGCUCGUUAACCAGUAUCUCCCCCCACACACACACUCACAUCAGGUCUGCCUCUCCAGUCCGACCCUUGGUGAGUGUGUGUCUGUGUGUGUGUGUCUGUGAUGAGGGCUGCUCUGCUCUCGCUCUGUUUCUGGUUGCACUCUCUCGUCCCUGCUGCUCAAACAGGUUUGAAAUGUGGAGUUCCACAGGGCUGGAGGCCGCCGGCUCAGUCUGCGAGGGUGGUGGGAGGCAGCGAGGCCACGGACGGAUCCCACCCAUGGCUGGUUUCCCUGCGGCUCAGAGGCUCUCACUUCUGUGGAGGCUCCAUCCUGACGCAGCGCUGGAUCCUGACGGCCGCUCACUGCUUCUCCUCCGUCUCCAGAGAGUUUCUCAGAGGCGUGAGCGUGGCCGUGGGGGAGUUCGACCGCACAGUGGACGAUGAAGAGGAGCAGGUCUUGGGUGUGAAGAGCGUCUCCCUGCACGAGAAGUACCAUCACGCUUUGCCCAUGAGCCACGACAUAGCUCUGGUGGAGUUGGACCAGCACAUCCGGCUCGGGAUCCGAGUCCAGCCGAUAUGUUUACCUUUACCUGAUGAGAACAUCCUCCCUCGGACCAGGUGCAUUGUGGGUGGAUGGGGCAGGACGAAGGAAAGAGGUCGACUUCCUGCGGUUCUGAGAGAGGUCCAGUUGGACUUGGUGGAUCCGGCCAAGUGUCAACACGUCCUGCAGACUCUGCGAGGGCCGGUCCGACCUCCGUCCGCCAUGACGGUUGUGUGUGCCGGGCCGGAGAGAGGAGGGAGAGACGCCUGUCAGGGCGACUCCGGGGGACCUCUGGUAUGUCCUGUAGGGUCAGGAGGUCACAUGGUGGUGCUGGGCGUGACUUCCUGGGGUAAAGGAUGUGGUCGGAGCUGGGGCAACAACAGCAUCCGCCCUCCGUCCAGAAGAGGGUCUCCGGGGGUCUUCACUGACGUCCGGCUGCUGCUGCCCUGGAUCAAACGUGAGCUGCGACAGGCUGAUGAGCAGCAGCGGAGAAAGACUUUAUCAGGUGAGUUGUCUGUCAUCACAGCCCCAGUUAUUCAUCUAUAUUUCAUAAUGUGCACGUGUUCCUUUGAUGUACGCUGUGUGUGUGUGUGGUGUGUGCGCACAUCAGGACUCUGCAGUGUGAGCGAUGGGCCUGUAAUUGACAGCGAGGGAGUCAUCAGAAACCCCGCCCUCCCUGGUGAUCGCUAUGACAACAACGAGUUGUGUGUGUGGAGGAUCACUGCUCACCCGGGUUACUCCGUCCUGUUGGAGCUUGAGCUCUUGGAUCUGGAGAAUGAGUCCAACUGUCGCUACGACCGACUCACUGUGUCGGCAGGGACCCACAGGCCUGUAGGUAUAUUCUGCGGACGUGUCCCACACGGCCCUCUUCUCCUGAGUCUUUCCCAGAAUGCAACACUUCUCUUCUCCUCAGACGUUAGCAGAACAGGAAGUGGCUUCGUCCUUAGGCAUCGUUCUGUCCGGGGACGACCUGAGCCUGGUUGCGGGACAAUUGUUCUUGUUGAAGAUCAGACUGUUGUCCAAACCCCAAAUUACCCACAAUCCUACAGUAAUGACUGCGUCCUCCGCUGGGUCGUCUACGCUCCACGCGGUCACGUUGUCAAGGUUGAUUUCACUGACGUUGAGCUCGAGGAGUCGGACAGAUGUUUGUACGAUUCCCUCACCGUCCUGGCAGAUGUGGAGCAAACGGAGGAGAUAGCGGUGCUGUGCGGUCGCACUGCUCCUCCUCCGGUUCUGUCCUUCCACAACGUCAUGGUGCUGCAGUUCACCUCCGACAGCAGCGUCACACACAGAGGCUUCAGGGCCACGCUGUCAUUCAUCAGCCGUGCAGACCUCCACCACGGUGACAGCAGGGCUGGUGUCCAGGGUCCAGGAGACAUGUGGAGACAUCAUGGGACAGUUCACCAGCAACACGGAGCAUCUCAUGUAAACCUGGAUGAAUCUGACUCACAGUCCAGCAGCAGAGCCGAGUCCUACCGGGAUGAAGAUGAUCCCAGUCUUCAUCAUCUGGACCUGAGCUCAGAUGAUGAAGACUCCAGUGGAGAAUCCUCAGGGACCAUGUUAUAACCCGAUGAAGGGCGGAGGCCUCUGGACACAGAACAUCUCAAGCUGAGCUCUGAUGAAGAUGAGGGUUUGGGAGGUGAUGAAGAUGAAGGUCGAUCACUAAAGAUGUUGGGGAAUAGAAAUGUAAGAGCAUGGUAACUUUGUUUUAUUUCAUAUUAUGGUGGAACAGGAUUGUUUGUAAUAUAGCGCCACCACCAGGUCAAAUGUUUCAUGUUUUGUGUUAUUUCUACUUGAACUAAAUA